AUGCCUUUCAGCUUUCGCACCGUAUACGAAUAUCAACGGGAUGAAGCCAAUGCUUGCAAACCCAAUGACCACCAUAUCCUCUUUCGUCUUGCAGACGUUUUCCUCAGGACGUGGGAUUUAGGCUUCACUGCCUUUGGUGGUCCGCCAGUGCAUUUCCAAAUUCUGCAUCAGCGAUUUGUGGAUAGUAAAGGAUACGCUCCGUGGGUCAAUGAUCAGACUUAUCAUGAGCUUUUUGCUGUUUCGCAAGCAUUACCUGGCCCGGCGAGCACGAAAAUGCUGUUCAAUCUUGUCAUGUACCAUGCUGGUCUUGUAUGUGCGACCUUUGGCUUCUUUCUUUGGAGUUUACCUGGAGCUCUCGGGAUGUUCUUGCUCUCCAUAGGUGUCGGUAAGAUAAGUGAAGUUUUGCCUGGCCCGAUCUAUGGUUUGUUGUCGGGACUCAAUGCCUCAACUGUCGGUAUCAUUGCUCUGGCAGCUGUGCAGCUUGCUACCAAAGCCAUCACCGACCCGCUUUCGCGAAUUUUGGUCAUCUUCGGUGCUUGUGCCGGGCUUUGCUAUACCGCUCUGUGGUACUUCCCUGUUAUGAUAGGUAUCGGAGGCGUGGUAGCAGUUGUCUGGGACAUCUGGCUCAGUCGAGCAAUCGGUAAAAUUCAAGCCAAACGACAACAAAAGCGGACCAAUGAACAGCGUGCUGCCGAAGAGAGUCCAGAAAACGCGUCAAGUAUUCCUUUGGAAGAUCUAUCUCGCCCAGCCACGUCUUCUCAACGAAUGGCUACAUCCAUUCCCGCUCAAAGUCGACCAAACAAGCACGAAACUACUAACACUGAAGCUGCCGAGCGUGUCGCAUCAGAAGCGCCUUCGACCCAGGACCACAGCUACUCAUCCUCGGUCUGGACCGGCAUAGCAAUAAUCAUCCUCUUCUUCGCAUCUUUCGCCGCCAUCCUCACAGCCCGUGGUGUCCUAAAAACCCCACCUCAGAUUCUCGAUCUCUUCGCAAACAUGUACCUAGCCGGCACCAUAAUCUUCGGCGGUGGUCCUGUGGUUAUUCCUCUACUUCGCGAAUACACAGUUGAACCUGGCUGGGUAUCAUCUCGUGACUUUCUCAUCGGUCUGGCUAUCAUCCAAGCCUUUCCAGGCCCAAACUUCAACUUCGCGGUUUACCUUGGUGCUUUGGCAGUCAAAAGCUCGGAUACCACUGGAUUUGCUGGCGCUCUGCUCGGUUUCCUCGGUAUCUUCGUCCCUGGACUUACACUUUCUGUCGGUGUAGCAGGGAUAUGGCAAGUCGUGAGGACGAAAGCGGCAGUUGCGAGUGCGUUGAGAGGAAUCAAUGCAACAGCUGUGGGCUUGGUCUUUACAGCUGUUUACCGUUUAUGGGAGAUUGGAUACUUGACUCCUGAUAGUGGACGGGGGAAAAGCUUGGCCAAUGAUCCUUGGUGGGUCGUUGUGGCUGCUAUAACAUACUCCGGAAGUGCUUGGUUCAAAGUGCCGCCUGCAAUGGCAAUCUUGCUAGGAGCCGUGCUUGGCUUGGGAUGGUAUGGUGUUGCUGGAAAGAGAAUCCUGGGAUUGUAA